CCGACGGAUGUUUAAAAGUGAAACUACUGAAGAUUUCGCUGGCCCUGCCCUGGGCCCGUCGUUUCUCUGCUCAAAAGAAAAGAAAUGUGUUGAAAGAAAGAGAGAAAGGAAGGCAAUUGAUGCAGCAGCUAGGCUGGCAAGGACAGGCUUUGGGGCUUCGCUGAAAGUGUUUGGGAGCAUGGAGCAUGCGGCCCUGUGUCUGAUUCUCCUCCUGAGGAUCCAUUCUACACUAGCAGAUGUGUUCCGAGUCACUGGCCCGGAAGCUCCAGUCAUUGCUAUGGUCGGUGGGGUGGCAGUGUUGCAAUGCCAGCUGAUACCAGACAAACCUUCAGUGGGCAUGGAGAUACAGUGGGGUCGCAGCUACUUGGAGCAGUACACACCCAUCCACAGCUACAUCGUUGGGAAGGAUAUAGAGGAGCAGCCGGCUCCGGCAUACCAGGGCAGGACAGAGUUCUAUAAGGAGGAGUUCAACCAGGGGAACAUCUCACUCAGACUGCGAGAUGUCCGGCUGGAGGAUGAAGGCGACUACCUCUGCAUGGUCGAGUUUAAGGGAUUCAUCGAGCAGGCACCCUUGAAGCUGAAGGCCGCCAGUUUUGGCCAGCGCCCUGUGAUACGAUUGGACGGAUACCAGAAAGAUGGAAUUGAGCUGCAAUGUGCUUCGUCUAGCUGGUACCCGCUUCCCAUGAUGCACUGGGAAGACAACGGGGGCAAGAACAUGACAGAGAAGGCAACGAUGACAUCGAUGAAGAACGUAGAUGGCCUAUAUAGUGUCUCGAGCAGCAUCAAGGUCACAGCUGGCUCCAGUGACACCUUCAGGUGUUUAGUGAAGAGCGCCAUCUUGAAGAGAUCACAGCAGAGCAGCCUCCGCAUCCCAGAUGAAUUCUUUCCCAGGAUGUCACGUUUCUUCACCGCCUUCAUCCUGUUUCUCAUUUUGCUCUUUGGAUUACUGGCAGCUGCCGGUUACUAUCAGUACAAACAGCAGAAACAUAUAAAAGAGCUACACAAACGCCCAACAAUCAAAGAGUAUGAAGAGCUAUGCAAUCAAACAAAGGACCUUGAGAACAAUGUUGAGAGUGCUAAUGCUAAUUUAGCUCUGGAGAAGAUUCUUUCCCAAACAGCUGCCGAAAGGGUCAUUGCUGCUGCAGUACCUGUGACCUUUGACCCAGAGACCGCCAACCCCUACCUGAUAAUCUCAGAGGACCAGCUGACCGUGACGUUCAGUGAAAAUUGGCUGGACCUUCCGGAAAGCCCGAAGAGGUUCACCUCCCGGCUCUUUGUGAUCGCGAAAGAAGGGUACAAGAGUGGGAGCCAAUACUGGGAGGUGCUGGUGGGCAACAAGCCUGACUGGGAUCUGGGAGUGGUCGAGAAAUCCAUCUCCAGGAACGAAUGGAUCACACUGAGCCCGGAGAACGGGUAUUGGACCAUCGGGAAGCGGGGUGAUACCUAUGAGGCCUAUGAAGCGAUGCCUGUAGAACUUGAGUACAAGACGAUUGCUCCGAAAAUUGGCAUCUACCUGAACUACGAGGAGGGGACAGUUCGUUUCUAUGAUGCUGACUGCAUGGAGCAAAUCUACAGCUGCACGGCGAAAUUCACAGAGGAAAUCUACCCAUUCUUCAGCCCCUGGGGAUCCCAAGAGGGGAUGACAAUCUGCCCCCUUUAAUUCCCCAUUGUCCAUCCCCGAACAGCCCUUAUCCACGGGGCCUUGGAGAAGAAAGAUGGACAAGAUCGAGAAGGAGCGAAACUAAUUCACUUUUUGCAAAGGGGAAGAGAUUGUGAUAAGUGAUACAGGCAUUGCCAUUUUUAUUUGUACAUGGUUUGCAUGAUACAUCAUGCUCAGUGAAGAGAAUCAACGCUGGCACUUGUGUGGGUGACACAAGUAGUUUGUACACGUUGCUUUUGUUGCCCCGAGCUCUUGUCCCACUCACCCUUCACAGGCCCAUUCCCAUCUUGAAAGUAUUGACUCGAAUGGUGAUGGGCUAGACCAAAAAUCAGUACCAUAAAUCGAAAGUAAUUCUUAAUAAAUCCAAAUGGAGCAAUUGAAAUGAAUAGUAACAUACUUAAGGGGAAGCUGGAUAAACACAUGAGAGUGGCUGAGAUAGUGCAGAUGUAAAAGGAGAUGAUGAUGUACUUCUAAUGACUAGCAAUCUGAUUAAUGCUCUUGGGACACAGGUUUCUAUCCCAGUCUCUGCUUGAGCAAUAAAUGCUCCUUUAUUCAACACUAAUGCAUCUGCUCCUUCUGUAAAGCAGUUAAGUGUCAGUGAAGUUGGUGUUGAAUGUUCAGCUAAACUCAGAUUAAGUUAUGACUAAGGUUAGAAAGAUGGCUUAUUUGAAGCACAGGAAGUGGCAACUCUGCACCUUUUGUGUUGAAUUUCAGCUCUUCUGGGGAUUUCAAUCCAAAAGACAAUUCCUUCCUGCUCCAAAAGCCAAUGGUUCUGAAACCGAGACCUUUCAUUCAAUUUAUGUCAACUUUUGAUGCCCCAGUCUCUCUCUCUCUGCCAUCUUGGCCAUUAGCCCAAUCUGCUCCUCAUCCCUACCCUGUAAUUCUAGAGGAUUCAGAUGUGAUGGACAAUUAGUUUAACCAUUUGUCAUAUGAUCUUGCUGAACUACAUAAACCGUGACAGUAUUAGUUCCGUGCUCUUAUCUACUAAAAGCACUCACUAUUCCAGGCAACAUUCCCUCUUAGCCAACUGCUGUCCCUUGGUGACACCAUCCAUCAAGAGAAUUAGCUCUCUUCCUUAACACUGACCACACCCAGCUCUACCUCAAUGCCCAGCACUCUCGACCCUCCUACAAUGUUAAAUUAUCAGGCAGCUGGCUGAACUUCCAGUACUGGGUGAACAAGAACAUUCUCUCCAAUUAAAUAUUGGGAAGACCAAACCCGUUGUUUUCAGUUCCACUCCAAACACAGUUCCUGAGUUACCAGCUCCUUCUGUCACCUUGACGACAGUCUCGGAUAAUGCCAGUCUGCUCACAAUUUGACCUGAAGGUGAGAUUCCAAGCAACUCUCACCAAGGCUGCCUAAUUCCACCUCACUCUGUUUUUCACUACAGGGCCAGGAAUCAUGAAGUCAAACAUAACAUCAAAUUGGCUUCCUCUCAAAGUCUUGCGAGGGUAAUGGACAUAGUCAGUCACUGGGAUAAAAUCCCCUGAUUCCACACUCAUCUCAGCUUAUCUGCUGUUGAAACCUUCAUCCUCACAGUGGUGUCCUCUGGGCUCGAUUAUUUCAGUGCACUCCUGGCUAGUUCCCCCACGUUCUAUGCUUCAUUAACCUGAGGUUGACCACAAAACUGCAAAGGGUCCUUUACUUGCAGUAAAUCCCGUUGUCCCCUUGCCCCAGUUCUUGCUGACCUGCAUUGACUCCCAGGUUUUAAAAUUCUCAUCAUUGUUUUCAGAUCCCUCCAUCUCCCACCAACCCUUUCCAUCUCUACAUGGUCCCUCAGCUCCGUGAACCCCCCCUCAACCCCCCACAAGAUGUCUUUGUUCCUCUUAUUCUGGCCUCUUGAAAGAUGAUAGUGCUUUUAAUUGCGUCAUCAUUCGGGAUCAUGCAAUCAGAAGUCGUGGUCUCUCUUCCACCUCUAACCCCUCUGCCACAUUUUCAAAAAUCAAGACACCUCUUAAAAUCCUGCUGACUGAACGAAUGACCAUCUGACAUCACCACCCAGAUGUGCUAAAUGCUGAAGUUUGUACAUUUGCAGUCCUGUGAAGUGCCUUUUGAUCUUUUAUUACAUAAAAGAUGUUAUAUAAAUUUGAUUAUUUUAAUCAUUGUGUUCUUUUAAGGACUACGCUGCAUAUUUUUUAUUAAAACAGAAAUGAAUUUCCACA